AUGGUUAAAGUUCUCUUGACUGGAGGCAGUGGCUUCAUCGCCGCCCACAUUAUCGACAUUCUGCUACAGCGCGGUUUUGACACAGUUGUUACUGUCCGAUCGGAGGAGAAGGGCAAACGGAUUAUUGAGGCUCACCCCGACGUGUCGAAGGAGAAACUCUCUUAUGUGAUUGUCAAUGAUGUAGCUAAGGACGGGGCAUUUGAUGAGGCCGUCAAAUCCAACCCUCCCUUUGACUAUGUUCUCCAUACUGCAUCUCCUUUCCAUUUUAACGUGCAGGACCCUGUCAAAGACUUCCUUGACCCGGCCAUCAAGGGGACAACCGGUAUUUUGAAGGCAAUCAAAGCAUACGCCCCUACCGUGAAGCGAGUGGUAAUCACGUCAUCUUUCGCUGCCAUUGUGAACGCCAAGCAGCACCCUAAGGUCUACAGCGAGAAAGAAUGGAACCCGUUGACGUGGGAGGAGGCGAUGGACCACUCGUCAGUUUACCGUGGUAGCAAGACUUUUGCGGAGAAAGCAGCCUGGACCUUCAUCGAAAAGGAGAAGCCGAAUUUCGAUCUUGCUACCAUCAAUCCACCACUGGUAUUUGGCCCGAUCGUUCAUUAUCUCAACACUCUUGAGACCAUCAACACCUCGAACCAGCGCCUUCGAAAUAUGGUCCAGGGUGAAAUGAAGGAGAAAUUAGCUCCAACAGGCAAUUUCCUGUGGGUGGAUGUGCGCGAUGUGGCCCUCGCACAUGUCAGAGCCAUUGAAGUUUCCGAGGCAGGAGGCGAAAGAUUCUUUGUCACCGCUGGCUUCUUCUCGAACAAGGAACUUGCAGAUAUUGCUCGCGAGACCCACCCCAAGUUAAAGCCUAAGCUGCCCCCUGCAGACGCUCCCAGCGACUUCCCAGAACACAUCUAUGGAAUUGACAAUACUAAGUCGCAAAGGUUCUUGGAAUCGAGUACCGCCCACUGA